AUGGAUCUUCUUUUGAUUUUACCUGGCUUUAUAACGAAACCUUUCGCACAUAUUCUUCCUCCACUUGAACGAGCUAAAGUCACCACAGUCGACGUGAUUACCCUUGACUCUCUCGAGAUUGCGAAACGUGCCCGCGUCCCCCCCGCAGAUGUUCGUCGGCUCUCCUCCUGUAUUGUCGAGGCAUUGCACACCGAUGUCGGCUUCGAAAAGCCGCAGACAAAUACAGAGGCCAUUGAUGGGCCCAGCUCUAGUAUAACCCCUGAUGUGGCAAGCAGGACAUUCAGCUUGGCGAAGCGCACGUCGCAAUGGAACACUAUAAGCACUCUUGACCCCGCGAUGGAUGCGCUGCUAGGAGGUGGAAUUCCGACCGGUUAUGUCACAGAAGUUACAGGCGAGAGUGGAAGCGGCAAGACCCAGUUCCUUCUAAGCCUCUGUCUAGCCGUCCAGCUACCCAAACCACAGGGGCUACAACGGCGUGCCAUGUACAUAUCGACGGAACACCCAUUAUCUACGCCACGACUCUCACAGCUCCUAGAAUGCCAUCCUGUCCUCUCAACACUCCCCGCUGAGCAAGCACCCUCGCUGGAGGAUAUCCUGACCAUCAACGCCAUGGAUCUGGAGACGCAAGAUCACAUCCUGAACUUCCAUGUGCCUGUCGCGGUCGAACGCUAUAACAUCGGCCUGGUCAUCAUCGAUUCAAUAACAUCCAAUUACCGCGCUGAACACGCAUCGCACAGCCUCCAAGCCCUCGCUAAGCGAUCAUCCCAGCUCGCAAAACUGGGCCAUCUACUACGCAACCUCGCCGUAAAGGAGGACGUCGCUAUCGUGCUCGCGAACCAAGUCUCCGACCGUUUCGAAUCUAUACAAAACAGCGAGCCAGCCCCACGGACAGGGAUUCUGUCCAUGUCGAGUCAAACAGUAGAUCAUGGAUCUGGCCCUGUCUCCCCCUUCCCAAAAUCUCGAACUGAACAGUUGGCUACUAGAAAUAGCCAGCAGCCACCAUCUUCUUCUCCUGCUAUCUCCUCAUCUCCAUACCACGCACCAAGCGAUAAAUACUUCGACGGCUCGUAUCUGGUCGCCCCUCGAGUACGCAAUAGUAUGUUGAACGUGGCUCACCAGGAGCGCUUCUACUCUGGCUGGGGAGAUGGCGCGUACCCGGAGAGGGGGUCUCUGAAGAACCCGGCGCUGGGAUUCGUCUGGUCAACGCAGAUCGCAUGCCGAAUCGCGCUGAAAAAGGAAGAAUCACAUGCUGUAGGUGUCUCAAUGGUGGAGCAUGCAUAUCCGGCAUCCACGCAGGAAUCUUAUCCGUUCCACAGUGCAGGCAAUGCAGACGCCUAUCGGGAUCCGGAAUCAAUAGCAAUGCCUGCCCCUUACCUCAAAACCCGAGUGUCUGACUCGCAGAACUACCGGCCCGCUCCGGGGUCGAAAUCCCCCACCCGGAGGACCAUGAAACUUGUGUUCGCGCCGUGGACGGCGGGCCCGAAGGAUACACCCAGAAAGGGCUACUCCAGUAGAAGAAGUGGCGAGAUAGAGUUUGAGAUCUGGAAGGGUGGCUUGAGAAGUACGACUCCUGGUGAACGAUCUGUCUGA